UGGACCCAGAAAUUUUGGAUAAUGAUGAAUAUUUACAUAUUUCACCUAUUGAUGUAAUUCAUCUAGGCACUAUGAAACGGAUUGGAGCUGCUUGCAUAGUAUUUUACAUUAGGAUCUUACAUGAAAAGUUGGUGAAGGCAAAUCGAGCACAAUAUUUUCGUUUCUUUCAUCCAAUUUUAGCUUUGGAUUCAUGUCAAGCACAAAAUGCAAUGACAAUGGCAGAUCGCAUGGAAGGAACAGAAGCAGGACAAUUUUGGUUGCUUUCUGUUAAUACUGGAGACCAUUGGAUGCUAGCAAUUAUUGAUGUAUUGCGUGAAACAUGUUAUUGGCUUGACUCAAUUGGAUUACCCCCGCCUAAUAAAAUUAAAUCUCUAAUGGCAAUGACUUUUGAUUACUACAAUGCUUCCAGUAAUAGGCAGCCAAAAAAGUCUGGCAUUACAUGGAAAUCUAUAAAAUGUCCUCAACAAAUAUCGGAUUUUGAGUGUGGAUAUUAUGUAAUGAGAUACAUGCGUGAAUUUUGCAUGAAUUCUAGACCUAUCAAUUGGCUAACCACUCAAUGGAAUGGGAAAAAAACUUAUACAAAACAAGAAAUUGAUGAAAUUCGUUUGGAAUGGGCUGACCAAUUUUUAGAAGAAAUUACAGAAGAUGGAGUGCUUUAAUUGAGUGAUCACAAUAAAAGAAACAUUGUUAUUGUGUUAUGCAAACCUUUCAGUUUAUUAAUUUGUUUUAAGGUAGUAAGUGCUUGUUU